CACCUGCGUGUACGCGCGCUAUAGCUGUGCAGACUAGACUGGACGCAGUCAAGGCUAGCUUUUUUGACCAUGGCAGCAGCUCCACCAGCACCACAACCGGUGACAGCAGCCGGAGAGCUCAACGCGCCUCCAGUUACAUGAAGGCAGCAUCCAGAGCUGUAACGGAUACCUCCAGAGGCGGACCAAGAUCCUCAGACGCUGGAAAAAGGGAUGGAUCAGCGUAGAACCAGGACCUCACUCUCAUCAGUUGUCUGAGAACGGUGGGAACCAGCUGUGUUCUUUCCAGGCAGCCAAUGUCGGCAUUCGAGUUGAGCCACUUAGCCACGACCCCAAGGACAAAAACUUCCUCUCCUUUGCCAUCAUCGGUACUGCAUCGGGCGAGGAGGUGUGCCGGUUUCGAGCUGAGAACAUAGUGCAGAUGCGCCGCUUCAUGGCCUCCCUGGGCACCAGAGGCGACGGAUUCUUCACCAAGCAGGAUGGCGGUGGAGAAGUUCCAGUUGAGGCUACCCACGGGAAAUGGGACGUCAUCCACCCAUCGGAAGACGAACUAGUCCAGCGACAGCAGCAGUUUGACCAACACGAGAAAGAAGGGGCCCAAGUCCCCAAGCAGUCUCAAUCGUCAGAUGCCCCGCCCACUUACUCCGACACAAUCCAGCAGCUCCCCAUCGGGUUUUAUUUCCCCAAAGACAGUGGAAUCUCGCUGCCCUCCGAGCUGACUACAAAGAUUGUCUUCCCGGGAAAAGACGUACCUGUCUACAGUCCCACUGCCUCUCUCCCCAAGGCCUAUCGCCGAACCUGGCACGACGCCUUCCGUCCACCACACGGCCCUCCCACCUUCUUUCCCAUCAGCAUUGGUUAUGGUGCAGAGGUGGGCCUGCAGCCUGGACUCCAAGCUCUCUGGGAUCCAGUCGGGAAGUUUUACUUUUUCCUCGACCACUUCCGACAGGUUACAUUCUACGAAGACCCUCGCCCAGCUUCCCAUCCCCAGGUCCGUGGUCCAGCACCAGCAACAAGUCUAUGGAGACAGCCGAAGUGAAGCGAGUUUGCCGGCUAAUGUGUGCACCGACUCCCAGAUAGUCCGCUCCACUGGACAACGUGCUCACUCCAAGUCCCGUGGAUGCACCCUAGUGGCGUCGGGUAGAAACGGUCAGCAUGGUGCCAGUGGGACUACUGGUCAGAGGGGGACAAAUGGCUUCCACGGAUCCAGUGGUGGUUCUGGCUCAAAUGGAUCUCGGGGAGGCGAUGGUACACAAGGAGGACCCGGAUCCCACGCUCAAAGGGAGAUGAUGCCACAGAUGCCAGUGAUAUCCUUGUGAGAGUGGAAGGUGAUCCAAACGGACUGCAAGUGACAGGGUCAACAUCGUUUGUUGCUCAAUUGGGGGGAGUGACAGCCGAGGAGGUUCUGUUUGUCAGCUGUCGAGGAGGCGAUGGGG